GUGGAGGGAGCUGAGGACGGACUUAAGCUGGGAGGAACACAAGGCUGCAAUGGAUAGCGGAGCUCAGCCUGACCCUGCGAUGGCCUGGAUUCACACACUGCUGCUGGCCGGCAUCCAGCACCCACACUAGGCUGCUAAUGCCAACGAGCUUUCGCGUUCGGGUCCAGUCAUGCUCCCUGGAUAUGGAUUCUGCCACUUCCCUGAAUUCCAGACCCACUCACACGCCUUUUGCUGCAGAGGAGGCAGUUCCAGCAUGUGGAUCCCUGAUCCGACUCUGAGCGAGGUCCAAGAGGACCGCCCGCUCCUCCACCCGCGCUGCCACAAGCACAUUGCAGUUUGUCAGGAGGAAAGGCUGGCUUUUAUUGAGCUGCACCCACCAGUGACUCCUAAAAUUAACGGCCACAGCUCCCCGAGGCAGCCGAUCAGCCGUGACGCUCAAUGCUCCCCGGCUCCUCCGCCACUGAACCUCACACAGCCUACACCCAGCGCCGACUCGCAGAACGGCUGUCACAGUCUGGAGGAAGGCAGGCUGAACUUGAACGCAUCUGUAGGUGACACUGAAUGCCAAAAUGGCGUCAGGACUUCUCCACAGGAGCAGACUGAAACAGUUAAGACAUCAGCUCCUUGUCCUCUCCACACAUCUCUCAGCCUUCCUCUGUCGUUCCCCCUUUCCUCGCUCUACACAAACACAGAGCCUUGGGAUGCUGCGCUCUCGCCGCCGUCACCCGCAGGCCAAGACUUCACCCAGCCACAGAGACGAACGUCACAGGGUUCGCUGAAAGAGAAAUCCAUCAGGAGGAAGAUGCAGGUUUACUCUCCAGACAGCCUCAGCGAUGAAUCUCUCAAUAGCCCAAUCUUGGAUCCAGACUACAUUUUCUCAGGACCUUUUGCAUCCUUCCUGGAGGAGGAUCUCAGCGGGCUGUCCUCACCAACGCCCAUCGAGGCUCCUCAUGACGACCUGCUUAGUUUACCUGCAGAACCUCUGCAGAUCAUCGAGGACUCUGGCGUGGAGGACGACAGCAGUUCCAUCGACACCUCCACCGCCUCUGGAGGUAGCUUCUUACCAUGCAUUCGCCCUGGAGACCAGGAGCGCCGGAGGUUCUCUGCCUCUGAGCUGAUCUCCAGACUUCAGCUGUCACAAAGGAAGAACUCGUUCACCUUGAAACUUGGAAAGUCGCUGUCGGCUCGAGUUUCCUCCAGAGACCGGCAGAGUUCCCACAGCCUCGGAUCCAGCAGCGACUACAAGGCUAGCUGGAAGCAGCGAGGCUCUGUGGGCUCCAGUGACAGCGCCCCUCACAGUCCAGUGGGACCUGCACCUCCUCUUCCUGGCUCUGACAACGGAAUACAUCGCUGGAGCUCCAAGCUUGGGAUGAGGAAGAGAUCAGUGGAUGAGGAUGUGAACGUUCAUCAGACUGUGGCCUGCGCAAAUCGACUGUCCAGGUUUUUGCCCAGUUCGAUUCUGUAUCAGGAAUACAGCGACGUGGCCAUCAACCGGGAGAUCCAGCGUCAACAGGGGAAGGAGCCUGGCACAGAAGAGGACAGUCAAGGCGAGGAGGGCUUCGAAGGGACCACCUCGCCUUCCAAUUUGUCGCCGUCAAGCUCCUUUCGCUCGUCCAGAGGAUCCGCUUUUGCUCUGUGGCAGGACAUUCCCGACGUCCGCACCAGCGGUCAGCUGGACAACUUCAGCAACGAGGAGAGAAAGCUGCAGGAGGCGAAGUUUGAGCUGGUGACGUCAGAAGCGUCGUACAUCCGCAGCCUCACGAUCGCUGUGGAUCACUUCAUGCUGUCCCAGGAUCUCUCCGAGUGUCUGGCUGCUCAGGAUAAACAGUGGCUCUUCUCCAAGCUGCCUGAGGUCAAAGAUGUCAGCGAGAGGUUCCUUCAGGACCUGGAGCAUCGACUCGAGGAAGACAUUCUGCGCUUUGACGUGUGCGACAUCGUCCUGGAGCACUGCCCGGCUCUGCGCCGCGUCUACCUCCCUUACGUCACCAACCAGGCGUACCAGGAGCAGACGUACCAGCGUCUACUGCAGGAGAACACGCGCUUCCCCGUGGUCCUCGCGCGUCUGGAGGAGCACCCCGUCUGCCAGAGACUCCCCCUCACGUCCUUCCUCAUUCUCCCCUUCCAGAGAAUCACCAGGCUCAAGAUGCUGGUGGAGAACAUCCUGAAGAGGACGAGACCAGGAUCCCGAGAUGAGGACACGGCGACGAAAGCUUUCAAUGAGCUCAAGAAGAUCAUCAAAGAAUGUAACUCCAGUGUUCAGUCCAUGAAGCGGAUGGAAGAGCUGAUCCAUCUCAAUAAGAAGAUCCACUUUGAGGGCAAGAUCUUUCCUCUCAUCUCUCAGUCCCGCUGGCUGGUGAAGCACGGCGAGCUGCUGGAGGUGGACACUCAGAUGAUGAGCAUUUCCGGCUCCAAACUCAAGCUGCCCACCAAACCGGUUUACCUGCAUCUGUUCAACGACUGUCUGCUGCUGUCCAGGAGGAAGGACACAUGGAAGUUCAUGGUCUUCGUUCACGCUAAAAUCGGUGAUUUAAAGGUGAAGGAUCUGAGUCAGAAGCUGCAGGGAAUCUCAGGCUUCAUCUUCCACCUGCAGCUGUGCGAGGGGCAGCAGCAGAAGCAUCAGAUCCUGCUCAAGUCCCACACCGAGAGCGGAAAGCAGCGGUGGAUCACCGCCAUGUUUCCGUCAGACCCCCGGGAAGACAUCGAGCAGGCCAGCGAGAGCGACGACAUGUUGCAGGUCCAGUGCAUCAAAAGCUAUCAGGCCCAAGAGCACGAUGAGAUCACCCUGGAGAAAGCGGACAUACUUCAUGCCAAGACCAUCACGAGUGACGGCUGGGUCGAAGGCAUCCGGCUGUCUGACGGGGAGCGGGGCUGGUUCCCCAAAUGUUACGUGGAGGAAAUCACAAGUCGCAGCGCCCGACUCCGAAACCUGCGAGAAAACAUCCGCAUCAAAUGUGUCACUCAGAAACUGGAGGGUGAGGACUGAAGGUUCCUCUCUCAUGUUGAGUUAGAAUUAUUUUAGUGGUGAGGAACUGGCCUGCUUCAGCAGACUUGUGUGAUCUGAACCUCGGAACCCGGUCCACUUGGAGAGUCGGAAAACGCAGAACCAGAGAACACUUGACGUUGCAAACCCCCAACACGUGCACUGCUCACUGCCAUGUAUAAUUUCAACCUUAUUUAUUAAUAAUAGUCGACCCAUUUCUAACCUCCGGUGCCCUGCAAACAUGUUCAAAAUGCCUUUCUUGUCCUACACUGGAUUCCUCUGUAUUUAAGUGUGCUGACACAGCACGUAUUUAUACUCCAAGCUGGACUCUGUACGGACAUGUAAAUGUCGUUGUGUAGAGGUUAACGUGUCCUUUGUACAAGAUCUUAUGAAUGAAAUAAUUGUGAAUAAGUUGUACUUUACUAAAAGGAGAGACUUCAUUUUUCCCCUGUGUUACAUUCCUCCUGUCCCUGCAACAUGAAGGGG